UGCUAGGGGGAAAGUUGCGACGUUUGCUGGUCUAUUUUGGCUCAGUCCCUUUUCCUGUUCUCUCGGUCAGUGUCCCCGGGUUAGGCCAUGUCUUUCCCCUUUCCCAGUGGCAGCCGCAUUGGGACCAUGCAUCACUUCCAGGAGCUGCCACACAAGAAUCGGGAUGGAGGGCAGAAGGAGACAGGCACACAGACGGAGUGUAACGCCAGAGCUGAUGGGUAACAUCCCUCUGUGCCUGAUGUGAGCCAAAGACUUACAGGACAAAGUGUAGACACCAAACGGGAAGGGAAAGGCAAAUAAAUAAGGAUGAUGGUGAAAGUAAAGAUGAAGAGAAGGGACUUAAGGAGGACUCAGCCCUAGACUUUCGAAAGUAAAUCUUUUCACUCUCCUUAGUUUGUGGAUGGAACUUUUUCCAAACAAUGAACAAAAGACAAUUCAGCGGCGAAGAAGUGGCCUGGUUGUUGUGCACAGUUCAAAGAUUAUUGGCCUACACUGUUCAAGCACAGAGCUGCACGCAGGCCAAAUUGCUGUUGUCAAACAUGGGUCCAAGCUGAAAGAUUGUGAUCUCUAUUUCUCAAGGAAACCAUGCUCAACCUGUUUAAAGAUGGUUUUGAAUGCUGGAGUCAAUCGAAUAUCAUAUUGGCCUGGUGACCCCGAGAUAAGUCUAGCUGAGGAAAUGGUACUGAAUAAUUGCUGCUCGGAUGCAAAGCUUGACGCUAAAGCUGUGGAAAGACUCAAGUCCAAUAGUCGUGCCCGUGUCUGCACCUUGCUUCAGCCUCUGGCUUACAACAUGCUUCAGUUUGUAGAAGAAACCUCAAAAAAGUGCGAGUUUUUGCAAAGCAUAGUCGCUCUGGACCCAGAUUUUAGACUUGAGGACUUUUUUACUGAGUGCAGAAGAAAUCGAUUCCAGGAAUUUGAGAAAUUGUUCUUGAUUUCCAACAGCGAAGCACACAAAGAAAUUUUAAAAACUGUUGGCUUAGAAAAUGUGUGUGACGAUGUUCAUUUCACUAACUUGAGGCAUAAAAUGGAGGACCUUGUCUUUUUAUUAGCAACCAUUGACUGUAGUGUUCCAAAGUACGGUACAUUCAGAUUUUAUUGUGAUGAUUCAGACAGAGCAUGUGAUGAGCACACAAACGAUGAAUUCCAAGACUUUGCAAGACACUGCAUGGUUCAAGCCAGGUUAUUGGCAUAUCGGACAGAGGAUCAGAAAAUUGGUGUUGGGGCAGUAAUCUGGGCGGAAGGAAAGAUGAGUAAUUGUGAUGGAACAGGAGCCAGGUAUUUGAUUGGAUGUGGUUAUAAUGCUUACCCAACGGGGUCAGAAUAUGCAGACUACCCUCAGAUGGACGAGAAGCAGCAGAAAGACAGAGAAGCAAGGAAGUUUCGGUAUAUUGUACACGCUGAGCAGAAUGCCUUAACCUUCCGGUGUCAGGAUAUUAAAGAUGAUGAAAAAACAAUGAUUUUUGUUACCAAAUGUCCAUGUGAUGAAUGCGUACCUCUCAUAAACAAUGCCGGUAUCAAACAGAUAUACACAGGUGACCUUGAUGCUGGCAAAGUAAAAGCGGACAUAUCCUAUCGGAAAUUCUCUGGUCUACAAGGAGUGAGGAAAUUUACAUGGCAGAAAGCUCCAGCCAACAAUAUUGUAACGUCAAGCGUCCGAGCUGCUCACAACAACUUGAUCAGAUCACACCUUUGUCAAAUUCAAGAGAAUACAAGCCAAGCUGUCAACAUUGUCACCAACUCUGGAAAGCGAGGGCUAAACAAACCUUCCACACUCCAGAGCACCCUGUCCACAGGAAUCAUGUGUGCAAAAGGCUCCACCACAGAAUCUGCACCAUCUUGUGAAUCAUUGUUACUGGGGUGCAUGGAAAGUAUGGAGGACCCCCAGUCUCCUUUGGCCAAAGGUGAUUUGAAAAGACCACUUGAGAUUUCUAGAUCUGAAUCCCAAAGGGAAGAGCUGCUAAAUUUGGGGAUCAGUGAACCAGCUUUCAAAAAGAGGGUGUUGGAGCAACAGUGCUAUCUGCAAAGUCUUGUGACUUCAAUGCACGCUGUGAUGAAUGAUAUGGUGGAUAGGAUGAAGGUGACCAUGUCAAGGCUGAAUACCUCCAUAUCUGAUGUCCAAAGUGUGCUAGACCAACAAUUCACUGCUGUGCAAUCUAGCAGGGAGGGAGCGUCAUCUCACACAGUAUCUGUGGUGGAAAGCUCUUUUACCCAGGGACUGAGCAACAUGGGAGCAUCACUUCAAAAUGCCCUGACUGGUGCUGUAUCUGAUGUGGGCUCGAAAGUACAAGAAAGCCUGCAAGUGGGAUUUGAAAGCCUUGGGGAAAAACUACAGUCAACCAUGAGAGAGGGUUUUGCCAGUCUAAUAAAUGAAUAUACUUCUUGCCAAAACCUAUGCAACAGAAAUGAAGGAGCCUCAACCACUGGGGGCCUGAAUAACUCAUCACAAGAGGUUGGAACUCUCAACACCAGCCUGUCCCAUUUAUUGCACCACCCAGGCCAGCUUUCACCUGGCUCCUCACUGGAAAGCAGGACUCCCUCUGUGGUGACUCAAAUACCUGGAGACACAAAAACCUAAGGAGGUUAGAGUAAGGAGAAAAGUCUAAAAAUACUUCCUUUAUGUGAAGGCUAAGUGAGGUACAGAAUAAACUACCUGAGAAUGUUAUUGAACUAAAUAAUGUGGGCAUGAGGCAGCUGACAUGUAAUGCUGAUGAAAACUACCCUACUCUGUGGUAAAGGCUACACACCAGUUACAUGGGGCAUCACUGUUCCAACAAAAACAACAUUUUACUUCUGCUCAAAUGAUUGACUAAGCUCACACUAUAGUUCAUUAUUGUAAUGUAACAAGAACAUUAGCUUUCCCAGCUACUGUGUUACUUUGAGCCUUCACAGAGAUUUUUUUGUGGAACAAGAAACCUUUUCUAUAACUUGACCCUUCCACAUUUCGCCAAUCUAAAAGCACGUUCAGGCUUGGCAAUGUACUCAGCCAGAUUCUUUAGCCACUCAUUGCAAGCUUUCGUAACAAUCACAUCUGUCCACAAGAUUUACGUUCUUCUUUGCUGCAGCACUUCUGUACCUGGAUAUUGAUGGUGGGCCUUGAAUGGGAUGACUGGAAUAUCAAACUGUGCUUGGCUUCUUUUACUUCUACUGAUAAUUUCCAAGCAGCAAUCAACUGCAGCCUUUUGAAGCUUUCUGCAAGAGUGUUUUUAAAAAAAGGUUGCCAUUUCUAUGCAUGUUUGACUCAACUAAAGGAUAACUGGGGAUUGAUCAUGAGUCUUCUACCUUUCACCAAUUUUAUUUAGGGCAAAAAGAUUCUCUGGUGUCUUUCAUACAUUAUCGCUGUGCUUCAGUAUUUUGACUACUACAUUGGGUAGUUAACCAGCAUAAAAUGGGCAGUUUUGUUGAUAUCACAUUCCCUCAUGACUUCCAGUUAAAACAUCCCUGUAAACAUGUUUUCUCUGAAGAAUAGGAGACCUAACUGAGGUGAAUAAGUUGGUUAAAUGAGUUGAUAUGGUAGAGAGAGAAAAAGUAUUUCCUCAGAAUCCAGAGCAAGGGGGCAUAACCUUAAAAUUAGAGUUAGGUCAUUCAGGGGUGAUGUCAUUCUGGGUUUCUUCACACACAGUAGUGGAAAUUUAGAACUCCUUAUUCCUCCCCCCCAAACCAACCCCAAAGAAAAGCUCAGUCAGUUGAAAAUUUUUAAAUUAUGUUUGAUAGAUUCUGCUUUGCAUGGUAAUUAAAGGAUAUGGUGCUACGAAGUUGAGGUACAGAUCAGCCUUGAUCUAAUUGAAUGGUGCGGACCUGGUUCAAGAGGCCGAAUGACCUCUUUCUGUUCCUAUUUUCCAAAGUUUAUUGGCAGUUUCAGUGCCGCGCCUCUGUGUUGAUCAAUGUCAGGACAUAAAACAUUGCACAACAAACCUUUCCUGUUAUCAAAUUAUUUUGGGCCUCUAACAUUUCCAGCAAUAUGACCGAUUUGUGUAGAAUUGUUUUAUCUUUGUUACAAUUCCUGGAUCUGUGCUAUGAAAAAAAAAAAGUUAUGUUCUCCACUACAAAUUGGGCUGCACUUUCAAGCUCUGCUUUAGUUUCUUUAAUUUAUCCUGUGCAAAUUAGACCGAAUCACCUUUUCCUCCUAAAUGCUUUAUAUUCUGCUGAAGUUUCUUUGGCUUUGUCAUAACAUACCAAAGUGUUCAGUAUCUAUGAUCUCAUGUGAUAUUGCAAUAGAGGAUGAAAGCAGUCAACACUUGAACAAUAAUGAAAGAUAUGUAUGAAUGUUCCCAAAGAAUGUGAUGACUAUAUCCAGCAGACAGCACUAUUGUGAAGAUUUAAAAAGUAAUAAACGAGGGAGUUUGUUUCAAAUAUUCUUCAGUUUUUUUUAUAUACAAUACACUAGGAAACUUAAACCACACAUAGUUGGGGACAGGAAAGAGAUACUGAUGAACACCUGCACAGCUAUAUAGACAAUAGUGAAUUAAUGAAGCAGCAGACACUAUAGAAUUAAGAAAUUUCUAAAGAAUCAAUAAGUUAAUAAAUUAAUAUGACAGUAGAACGUAAGAAACUUAAAUGGAAAAGUGACUAGCAAUUUAAUUAAUAAUUUCAUAAGCAGAACAACACAUACUUAACAGGAAGUGUUUAUGAUGAGCACUGAUGGAUAUGUAACUGGAAGAUAAGAAUCUAUUCAAACCAAAUAUUUACAUUUCAUGAAGCUAUAGCAAAGUCAUCUAUAGAAAUAACCUAUUUACAACACCAAGCCACUCCUGUAGAAUGUGGUUUCUACUGCAACCCAGAGGCACCAGACCUUUAAUAAAUCAGAUUAAAAAGGACCAGACAGCUCACGCAUUGAUCCUUGUGUAGGAAGGCCUUCCAGAAAUCUGCAUAAAGUACAUUUCAUUCUUUCAAUCCCAAGCGUGUGGUAUUUGCUGAAUGCAGAUAAAGGAGAAAUCUCACUGGAGAUGAAGACCAAGGAUAGGUUAAGGCUAAAGCAGCAAGAGAUCUAUUUAGGUUCUUCAAGGCAAUGAAGCUAUUGGUAAUAAAAAGAUAUGUACAGCUAUUCAACAUCAUUGUUUUAAGUGUUUCCUUUACUAAUCUUACCAACACCAUCAUUACUGUGAAGCAACUGCAUUGCUGUAAUAUAGGAAAUGCAACAGUCAAUUUGUGUCUUGUCAUUACCUCAAUGCUGUUGUGGUGCCUUGCUGUGCAUAUAUUGGCUGCCACGCAUCCUACAUUACAAUAAAGAUGACACUUCAAUGGAA